AUGCUAAAGCAACUACUUCAAGGGCAAGCUGAUGGGGUAGUGGACACAAGCAAGAAGCUAGCUGAAAUAAACUCUAAGAUCGAGAACCUCAACACAAGGGUUUACUCUCUGGAGAAUCAUGCUUCUUCUGUUGCUGCUGCUACAAAGCAAGGACAACUACCUGGUAAAGCUAUUCAGAACCCCAAGGAACAGUGCAAGGUCAUCUUCACUCAAGAAGGACUUGUUGAAGAAGAGGAUCAAGAAAGGGUCAUUGAAGAUUUUUGUUUACUGCUGAAUGAUGAAGAGAUUGUUGCUGCUGAGGCUCCUGGAGUCCAGAUUGAUCAACCAGAAGUGCAGGCACCUACUGUGGCCAUUCACACUUCACCAGUUGAGCUCGCACAACAAGCUCGAUCGGCAGCUCGAUCGAGUCCAACUCUUCUCGUCCAAAACCUGUUUUGCUUGAUCCUUACCAACCGGUUGCCGCUUCCUCGUCUCGCCUACUUAGUCAAGGUCACAAGGAAGUGA